UAUAAACUCAUGGAACGUCAAAUAUUCGUACAUCUAUAUAUCUAAAAUAAUAGUAAAAUACCUUGAUUCACAGAAACGUUUGAGUUAUUCGAACCAAGGUAACAACUAACUACAUUUCCCACAAUGCAUCCGCGGUUACCGUGGAGACUGUAGCGUUACCUAGCUUUAGAUGUUCUGUCAGUGGUUAGCAGAUUAGCUAACUUUGAACAAUUUUAAAUUAUGCUUUAAAACAAGCUGUUUAUAACAAAGUAAUGGAUGUAAAAGGUAAAACUGAGCUACUCUUCAGGACUGCUGCUGACAGGGAGUUUUUGGAGUCACUGCAGCAGUUUAUAUGUGGAGAGAAGGAGUGCCUGAGCGGCCCUGAGCACAGAUACAACAUUUAUAAAGCUGCUUUUGAUAAGGUAAUUGACCAUGCUACACUGUACAAAAUGCUUCUUACAUCCAUCAAGAAAGAAUAUGAUGAUUUCAUUGCUGCUGUAAAAACUAAUAACCAAAGAUCAAAGCUUGCUCAUAAAAAACUAAAGGCCAUGGAAACUCAACCCACCUCCUUAAUGAACUUUCAGAGAAGAGCUGCACAACUUCAGGACAGAAUUGCUGUUAUACAGAGAGAUACUGCUGAUGUCAGAAAUCAGUUACAAGGUCUUGAGGAGAUCAGAAAAAAUCAAUUGGAUUCUCCAAAGCAGGAAACUUUAGAUAGCCAUGAACGAAAUCCUGUUGGACAGAUACCAGGCCUUACAUUCAGUGAGUCUUUGAAUCCUGAAGCCCUGGAUAAGCGUCUGUUGUUCUUGAAGCAAAAGCGAGACAAUCUUCUAAGUAAAAUAAAGAGCCAAUACAUUCCAAGGCAGGAGAAAGAUGCCCUGGAUUUCAAAAUGAGGACCAGUCUGAACCAAAGAGAUGCACUUAUAUUAGAGAACAACAGACUGCAACGUCGAUUUACACAGCUGACAUGUCUAAGCAAGGCUCUGAGUUCCUGGGAAAAAACAUCAAGUCGUCCUCCUCUGCUUGAGUUUCUAUCCUCCAAAUUAGAGCAUGUCUCUGAAAUGAAAGUCUCUGAGACUGACAGCUAUGUCAUCAAAACAGACGAUGAGUUUGAAGAAGAUGAUCCUGAGAAAGUCCACAAAUCAAAGCUUUUGUUGGACUACAUUGAAAGGUUCUCAGAUCUUUUUAAUUCAGGUGAAUACGAGGCUGCCGCUUAUCAUGCUGCCAAGUCCCCUCAUGGAGUCUUGAGGAACAUGGAGACCAUGAUGAGAUUCAAAUCUGUCAGUGUGUAUGAGAGACAGCUUCCUCCUGUACUGCUCUUCUUUCAGGCUCUGAUGCUCUCAGCCCAACCUGGAAAGCAGGUGCCAGGAGAGAGGAUGUCUCUGGAGGGGGUCCGCUGUGCUCUGCAGUACAACUACAUCCAGCUGGCUACUUUUGGAGUCACCCAGCAAAGGUUAUCGUACAGUGAAGAAUUAGGGGAUAUGAUCUGUAACCAUGGCGACAAGGACCCACGGAUAGCAGACACUUGUUUGGCCCUAGCCCAGAUUAUUUUCACAGCCUGCGGUGCUGUUAAGAAGGCAGUGCUCAGCAUGUGCAGACGAGGGUUGACCAGCGGUGCCUUAGAACACAUUUACAAGAACAGAGACUUCACAGUAGAGGACCUCAUAUUUGUGCUGAGGGAAUGUCCCAGUUUGAGUCUGCUAGAAGAUUUGACUCAGCCAUAUGGGGGGAACCCAGCCCUCCUGUCUGUGGGCUUUAUCUGUCACUACCUUCUCAGUGCUGGCCUGGAGGACCUGGCCUUUCAGCUAUUAGAGAAGAUUUACACUGAUGGACAAGGUGCCCUACAGCAGACCAUCCUGGAUGACGUCAUGUGCAGUGCAGAGGGCUGGAGUGAGAUUGCGGCCCGCUGUGUUCAGAGGGAGCGGCCUCAGCUGGCACAGGGGAUUAUCUCCACCCUGCUGUCCCAGCCUGGAGCAAUGUGCCUCCCUCAGGAGCAAGAGAGUGCCAAGCUGAUGGAGCAUGUGUUCGUGUAGGGGACUGGCCAGAAGGUGGAGCACAAGCGUCAGAUAGAGCUGAGUCAAAAUCUAAAAACAAAGCAGAACAUUCCUGUUUGAUAGUACUUGAGUUAACUUGAGUUUAGGGCCGGUAAUGAGAUUGUUGGACAAAAAACAAUCUAGCCUAUACAAAUGUUAACAUAUUUCUUACUAAUUCAAGUCUAUAAAAUUAACUGUGUAAUUAGCUCUUAGCUUUUCCCACUCAGCAUCCCUAUGCCUGAGUGGGAAGCCUAAUUGGGCACCAGAAAGUUUUGUCUAGGGGUUCAACAUGUUGGGCCCACAUAUGUAUAUCAGUGAGGGGACCAGGGUGCUUAAAUAUGGGCCCCAUAUGGAUGGCCUCUGCACAUGGGAACUGUUUGGGACCAUGAGAGCUUAGGUGGGCUUUAAUGAUAGGGCCCAAAUGGGAAAACUAGGUCCACGUAAAAACACAAGUACAAACCCACAAAGUCCCACAUAAGAAUAUCGGCUGGGUUAUUAUAAAUUCAUGGUCCUUUGUGACUGUGACUGCCCUUACUGGUUUUACCCAUGUACAGUUAUAUAUGUCCUGUAGUAUGCUAUACAGUGUCAGAAAACCAUGAAAGCAAAUCUAUUUAAAAUUACUUAACACAGUUUAAGGCCCAUUUUAAUUAUUAAUGUCUGCGGAUAACACAUUACACUAAACAUACCUUGACUGAUUAGCUACAUUAUAUGUAGUAAAAGAAAAACAAUCUAUGCAUCCAUGCAUCUAUGAAACAUGGUGGCGGUGGUAUAAUGUUCAUCAUUAUACAAGCAUUAUACUAACAGUGCAGAUGACACUUUUUUUCAAACAAUGCUCCAUACAGGCUAAAUGGAAAGAUGAAUGUGUGUUUGUGCCACCAACACUUUCUCCAGUUGAAAGAUCUGUGUCGCCCUGUCUGUCUUUGUGCCGUGAUGCCGCCGCUCUGGGAGGACGCAGCAGUCGGAAGAAAAGGCCAGCCUUGUGACGGCCCACACACACAGUAGACUCUUUGUUGUUGAGCUGAGCCACUAUGGUAACAAGGCACAUGAAAGCAAACGGCGCCCCCUCAGUCCACAAACAACACCCACAUUCAGUAAUCACGGUUUCCCAGCACCCCUAAAAAACAGUCCUCACCAUACUAUCUGUACAGGCUUUCUCCCUGAAAUAGAUGGAUCCUGCCUGCAGCUUCAUGAUGAUUCUUGUUUUGUUGUGAGAGAUGAUAAUCUUGUGAAGAACCUUCACUUGACGUAAAGGUCCUUUAUCACUUUAAAGGCUCUUCAUAGGUCUCUGUUCCAUAGAAGUAGUUCCUCACUGGCAUCAUUUCAAAUCUUCUACAGCACCUUUGUUAUUAAGAGUACGUGCACAGAGCGUUUACUGAACAAAUUGUAUGCAUUAAAUUAUGGCCUCUUUUCCAGUGCUGGGCCAGUGGUUACUAACAUUUCCACACCGGUGCUGACCUAUUAGUCUGUGAUGAAACAGUGAUGAUAAGCCCUGUCCCAUAUCAUUAACGCAGUGUUAGCAUGCCAGCUACAGGCCUCAUCCCACAUUGCUACAGCAGUGUUAGCACAUCAGCAAUGGGCCCUGUCCAACAUCACUACUUUAGUGUGAGCAUGCCAACUGCAGUCCUCAUCCGGAAUUGCGAUUAAACAACACUAGAUUAAACAACUAUGAACGUGAGUUUACUUAAAACAGUAAAAAAAUAAAUAAAUAAUAAUAUUAAAAAAAAAUGGACUAUCAGAUCAAAGGACAAAUAAGAUUAAGUAAAAUAAUAAUGGUUAAAGCAACUUAGUCAUGUUAAAAAAGAAAAAGGAAGAUUUCAAAAUUGUAACAAAAAUAAAAUAACUGUUUUUAUUAGAAGAUGUUCUAAAUUAGUAUAAAUAAUACAAGAUAAAGCUAUGCCCUGCGCCUCAAUGACAUGCAUUAUUAACAAAUAAUGUAUAGUGAAUUAAUUAUUUGAUAGACUUAUAUAGACUCUGAUAGACUUAUAUAGAUUAUCAGUCUGCUCAGGGUUUCCUAUGCAGGGGGAGUUGGGAUAGAAGGAGCUAUUGUACAAGAUGCUGAUAAAUGAAGAAAAGGGUGUGUGUGUGUCUGUGUGUGUGUGUGUAAGUGUGUGUGUGCGUGCUGUCUCAGCUCCUGGCUGUUCAGCUCACAGUGGUCCUUAUUGAUUUUCUGCAGCAAGGGGAGCCGAGCCGAGCCUGAAGCUGCUGCUGGGUCAGUGUGCUACACAGUGCAGCAUCACUGCAGCCUCACCUCAGCUCACACAGCGCUGCCCGGCCCUCCGUCCAGUUUAGCCUAGCCACUGUAGCAUCACUUGUUUGUUUUUCUCACUGCAGCUUUUAUUCUUAUUCACUUCCAUCCAUAUAAAAAGUUGGGAUGCUAUGUUAAAUGUACAUACAUAUAAGUAAAAGCAGAAUUCAAUGAUUGUAUUUACAAUAGAACAUACAAUACAUCCUAGAAGUUUAAAGUGAGACGUUUUAUCAUUUCAUGAAAAAAACACUAACUUGAUUGCAGCAACCUGUCUAAAAAAAGACUGGAAAAUUAAGUGGCUCUAAUAAAAUGUUAGGAAUAUCAGAGGGGCCUAUUAUAUUUGCAAAUCAUUCUGUUUUUACAGUUUUUACACAUUUAACAGUGUUGGGGCUGUUUUGCUUGUGUUUGAAUUGUCCUCAAAAAGUGCCAUUUUGUACAAAACUAGUAGUUGUAUUGUGUGAAAACUGUACACAAGCUAGCCUGCUAACAUGGGUGGAAUAUGGGUUAGGUGGGUUCCAGUUGGGUUCCUGGGAGUUAUGGGGGUUAUGAGAGGGUUAAAAUUAAAUAUUAAUAUUCUAUUCUAAUAUCAAAUUUACUGACUUUUGGGUUUUUAUUAGCUGUAGGUCAUAAUUACCAACAUUAAAAGAGCACUUAAUAUAGAUUAGUCCAUAUGAGUUUCACUUGUUGAAUUUACUUUUUAAUGAUAUUUUAACUUGGUAAGAUGAACCUGUACAUCAAACUGCUUAAUGUUAAAUUAGUGAAUUGGGGCAUUCACAAAACAUUUGGUGUCUAAUCCGCUCUUCAUUGUUGGUUUGACACUAUUGCACUUUUUUAAAGAUCAGGCUUUUUACUGAGACUUUUGAUCUUGUCCUGUGGUUCCUGAAUCCAGCCAUGUCCAGGCAGUAGCCCUGAAUUGCUCUCUUGCGCGUCAGCCACAGCGUCUGCUAUGUGAACUGAUGUGACUGUCUAGGGAACACAGCCGCCGGCCAAAGCGCAGCCGACCAGCGCGGGGCCAUUGUGUGGCACAGACACAGAGAUUUUUGAAUCAUCGAGUCAUUUCCAGCCUCUUGUUCCAGCGAGCGUUAUUUAAGGGUUUAGCGCCUGGGUUUAGCGCAGAAUUAGCAGUAUUAUUAGCUUUCUAUUCCUGAAGGUUGUCUAGGCAUUUGGGUAUGUCAGAGAAACAUACAAAGGUUGCAUCAGUCAGAGCUGCUUUGAUGGUCGUUGUUUUGCUUCGUAAUCUGCUCAUCAGGUCAGUUUUAAAUUUAGCCUUUGUAGUACCUGUCUGGUGCGCAUCCACGUUAUUUUGGUUUAUAGGGAUCAGAUAAAUGCUAAUAUUGGCUUGUGCAGAGAAUGGAAAAUAGCUCAUUGAUUCCCAGUGCAGCUGAUCGAGAGAGUGAGAACGCUUUAUGAACCCCUGAGUCAGGGCACUAAUGGAUGGCCUCUAGAAGCCUAGCCUAGCUUCACAAUCGUACACUGCUGUUGUACAGUACGUGCUGUGCUUCUGUUAUCCAGGAUCCGGUACACACAGGAAAGGCCAGAGUUGGGUGUGAGGACAUUUUUUCUUGGCCAGUGUGAAGUUUCCUAUUCCCAUUUCUAUAUUUCUAUAUUUUCUAUAUUAUGUGAAGAUUGAACUGUAGUGGCUAAAACAGAAAGCAUCAUAACAUAGGAUACCAUAGCUUUGUAUGGUAACAAGAACAUUAUAAUGUCUUAAUAGAUACUGUUAAAUGGCUGUUAAAGCCAUAGAACAGAUAGCCGCCUUAUUCUUAGCCUUACACUUCCUUGUUCACCAUUUAUUGGAGUGUGGAGGUACUGUGUGCUCUACAAUAUUACUGAUGAGCAUAUUGGAAGAGGAAGUUUGUCUCAGAUAACUAACUAAAAUACUGUUAUAGUGCUUUGACAUGGGCUUAAUAGCUGAUGUAUGUAAAUUUUAGAGGAUGUAUAAAGAAAGUGAACAGUAUUACAUAAUGUUUAGGGUUCUGUAAUAGACCCACUUUACAGCUCUAUUUCGUUUAUGAUGGCUUUGCAUUUGAAUGAGGAGCCAACAGUGUUUAGGGUUCACAGUAUUUUAAUGCCAUGUACCAAGCAAUAGCUUUAAACUGUGCCAAAAUAUACAGUUUUCAAAUGAAAAAGACUCAUGAUAAAAUAAGCCAUGCCCCAGUUCUGAACAUAGAUAAAUAAACAUUUCAGCUUUUAUCUAACUUGAGUUGUUUUAUGGCAUCUAGAAUUGAUCCAUUUAGAAAUGAUCCUAAUGAGCAUAAUGUCUGGUUUGCAUAACAUGCAGCCUUAUUUUGCAGGUCUAUAAUAAAUGUUGGAUGAUAUAACUUAUUUUGAGCUCCAGCAAAAGCAACAAAGAGUUUUGGUCCCAUAGAGAGUUUGUGUGAAAACGACUAUCGUAUAAAUCCAGCCACAGUCCUGGACACGUGUUUAUUUCAGUUGGGUUUUGAAUGUGGUUUGAGAAGAGACUACUUAUUUUCCUGUGGUUCUGAGUGCUGCUUCUACAUGGAUUAGUUCCCUUUAGGCCCCAGUGACUCAGAGUACGAAUAGUGAAGGUUUGGAAACUGUAAACUGGAAAUGAGACUUUAUGUUUUCAUCAUGCGCUUUUACUUCUCAUACAAACGGUAGGAAAAGAAGGUCAGUGCCAUUUGAUAGAAUUUACACUGUAGUCUCUUGAAUCUGGCUUUCAUAAAAGCUUAGAAUUGGUAAGAUUCUGUAUUUGUGAGUUCUGCAACCUGAGUUAAUGGUCAAUAAGAAAAGUAAUUCAAUUAAGUAGUAUUAGUUACCCAUUAAAUGAUUGUCCACUGUCAAUGAUGGCACCAAAAGACACACUUUUUAAAUAAAAAAAAAUAUAUAUUAUAGGUUUAAAUCUGACAAAGAUGUUAUAUUUUAUUCAGAUAACCAAAUUAAAAUGCAAAGUUCCCAGACCAGUCAGUGCCAGAAAGCAGUAGCCUAUUUAGCGUUAGCUAAUUAGUUGAUUAGGUAAAGUAAGUGGUUUGCAUUGGAGUUUUACACUGCAGCAUAUAAGCAUUGAUGUUAAAAAGCAAAUAUUUAAAGUUAAUUCAUACAGUAACUUCUUUAUUUUAGAUCACUUUAGUGGUUUUUAACUUGUAUUUACAAUUUUGUUAGGAAACACAUGCACACUUCCACACAUCCUUGUUUGGGAUCAUAAAUGGACUUUUAGUUUGUGUUUCUUUAACAUUUGAAGGUGGAUGUGGAAGCUGGUAAUGAUGUCCCACCCUAGUUGUUCCAGUUAAACAUUCAGAUCAUUUAUUCAUUACACUAUUAAAAAUAAUUGCCAAAGGAGUUACUUUACAUUUUAUGUGCCAGGUUAGCAUUGUUAGCAAUACCAGUUGAUUUGAUGUAUGUUGUGUAUCGAAGAACCAAAGAAACAUAAGGGUUGACAGAUAAGGACUGAUUUAUUUACACACACAUAGAAAGAAAAAUCAUAAUAAUCUGUAGAGUAUAAUUCUACAGCUUUUACUACUGUUGUUAUGCAGUGCAGCCAUCUUGAGUUCCGAUCUUGGGGUUGUUGAUGCUCUCCUGACAUUUCAAGUAGGAAAUCCAACUUUGUUCUAGUUUAAAUUUCGUACUUGGACCAUGGAAAUUCUGACAUUCAAGCCCAAAUGGAACGCAUGAUGAAGAAAUAAGGGUUAAAGGAAGGGCAGAAAUAAGGCAAUUAUAGAGCACACAAAACCACUAAACACAUUUUCUUCAGUAUUAAUGAAGGUUUUUGGUAAACAAACUAAUUUGAUUAUUAGAUGGAAUUCCCCUUUAAGGCUGUUUGGGUUGGCAUGCUGCCUGGUCAAUGCACCAAGAGAAUGCACAUUUAUCUUGUGUACAAGGUUAAAGUCUCACAUAAUCUGCCUCUCCCACAUCAUUCUCUAUUAAACACAUUUGUUCUUUCUCCUUGCACUCUGUUAUAUACUACAUAAUCUAUCCUUCUUCUCCAUAUCUCUCAGGUAUGCUGUAAUUCCAUUAUUAGACAUCCUAGCCAUCUGCUUCCUACCUAUUGCAUUGAAAUACCUUUUAACUGUCCAUUUGUACAGUUUUAUUCUAUCUGACUUUCACUACAGAGAUUUCUGUCUCUGAACAACUGAGCCUGUCUAAUUAGCCUUAAGCCACUUCAGCUGUCUCGUCUCUAAACGUAGUGUGGUUGUACUGCAGAUUUGGGAACAGGAGCAACGAUGCAAUAUGAUACUUAGUCUGACUUAAACUUGAGCCAUAGCACAGCCUUAAAUCUAUCAAGGAGCCUAUAUCAAAACAUUAGCAGUGCCAUGGAGUCCAAAUGUUGAGCUGGACAGUGUUUAAAAAAAGUUAAGUAUAGUCUUUGAGCUGGCUGCUCAAGUCCUUUUGGUACUUUUAAACUUCUCAUAGUGGGUUAACAUGAUCAUUUAGCAUAGCUGUCAAGACUUUUAAAAUAAUGUAUUAUUUUUUUGUUUUGUUGCUGUACCUUUUUACUAUACUGACAAAUAUAAAUGAGCCUAGUUAUGAUUGGCAGUCCUAUUUUGUGUUUUGUUUUAAAAGUUUCUAGGCUGUAAAAGGGUCAGCUGUAGGCUGACUAUAUAUUUACUACAUGAUUACUAUACUAUAUGAUUUUUUAUCAUAAAAACAUACUCAAAAUGAGCAGUUUGCUUAUUACUAAUAUGUAUGAACCAUUUCCAUUGUCUUUUCUCAUGAUCUUCUGAGCUCUCUCCUUCCCUUAGAAUAAAUAAAACAGUAUAUAUUAUGCUGCAUCUGUUCUGAUUGGUUUUGUUUUAGGUAAGAUAUUUUUUCAUCACUUUCUUAUAAUCUCUUAUCAAGCAGGCCGCCUUUUACUCUGCCUGUUAGACUAGCAUAUAUAAAUAAAUAGCCUUUUUUCAUGUUUAUUUUUAUUCUUAUUUUUUAAAGCAAUCAGGGCUAUACAAUGCAGUACUUGAGCCGGGAAAACAACUGCUCGUGUAUGUGUGUUUUUAAAUGUACAAUGACCUUUUUUUUUUUUUACUAAAUGAGCUGUUGCCUUAGUAUCUAUAUGUAUGGACCUUUCCUUGAUAAUUUCCAUUAUGGUCUAUUAUGGUUUAAAUUGGCUAAUUUAAAAAGUAGCCCAGACUGAAACACUGAUAGAGUGGUGCUAAAUUGCUCAGUAGAUCUAUAUGUGUACAGUAAAUAAAUACAUAACACAGUAUUUAAAACAGGCAGCGCACACACACACAGACACACACAUAGCAUAACAUUUAUAAGUACAUAACAUUACAUACAGUACCAGUUGUCAUUAUAUACUCAUUUGUAUUUUUAGAGCGGUUUGUGUACAGCACACACAGUAAAACAGAUAUUAUCUGUUGGAAAGGAACAUGUGCUGUUUACUUUCAUCACGGCUUAUGAGUCAUUCUCUGGUCAUUCCUAAAAUCUGGGGUCAUCACAGGCUAUUCUCUGAAAAGCCCAGAGGAGUACAGUACCGCCCUCAUCUUUAUGCCAGUGACUGUGCAGUUUUCUCAUUGGAAUAGCGCCAUCUCCCAAGUCUCUGAGCCCACAGAAAUGUCUGGAACACUUCUCUUAUCUGUGAAGAAUGAUAGCAAGCCCUGUAGAUUUGUACGCCCGAAUCCUGUCAAGGCCUGUCCUUCAAGAGCUGAGCACCUUUUAGUUUGUCUCUGUGUACUGCCCAGCCAAGCAGUCCACACUGACUUAAAGUGAAUUUCUGUAUUUUGUUUAAAAUGUAAUUUUUUUUAUCUCUUUGGGGUUAAAACCACCUCAAUUUA